GUGUCAACAAAUAUUAUUGCAGCCCUAUCACCCAGUUCAUGAACUUCGGUUGUCGCAGGAAGAUUAGCGUCAGAAGGCGUGAAACACGGCGAUGGAAGGAACCUUUAGAGAAAGCGCUUCGGCCAGAAAAUAUCCAGUUACGUGAUAGCAGUCUGAACCAGGAAAAGACUAAUGAUGCGUUAUCCUAUCUUGGACGAGCUAUCGAGGAAUGCGGUAUCGAAAAUGAAAUUGCAACAUUUCUGAAGAAGAAAUUUGAUGAAAAAUAUGGCGGUGCGUGGCAAUGUAUCGUCGGACGUAACUUCGGCAUGCACCUAGAUUGCAACGAAUUCAUUCAUAUGUACAUAAGCAAAAUUUCAAUUCUUCUCUUCAAGUGUUAAUUUCGUUCUUUCGCUGUAUUUGUAAUGACUGUCAUGUAAAACCUUCAUAAACUCGC